AUGCUAACGGUAAAAAUUCUCUUACUUGGAAGAGAUGCUUCACUUCAUGUAUUUCUGUACUAUGAAGGACUACGCUGGGCUUCUUUCAUCAUGCCAUGGCUCUUGGACGUUCAGACGGUGUUUUCUUUGUGUGUAAUAUGGUUUUUGGAUCACGAGAGUAGAAUUUCUGUCACGACUUGCUCAAAUAGAAUGGCGUUCUUAAAAGCUUUCAUGGGACAUCGCAAUGAGAGUGUAUCGCAGAGAUGGGACCAUAUUGCUGAGGAUAUGAACGAAGUUUUAUCCACGUGCGCAGAAGACCCUUCGCCUUACUUCUUCUAUGAUGGGCCUGCUUGUAGAGCUUACUUCAAUAGGAUAUUCUCAAUUGAACCGCAGAAGGCGUCGUUUAUGUCGCGUUUCGAGUUUCCAGACAAUAAUGAAUAUCCGGAAUUAAGCCCUUAUGUGCAAGAGGUGAAGAACAUCCUCGAGAGUGAGAACAUCCUCGAGAUGGAGAACAUAUAA